AAUCUGACUGCUAGCCUGCGACGCCCAAGUGAGGGGUACGGGCUUCUGCAGCAUGACGCUUUGUGACUGGGCCACGAAGGCGCUGGGCACAGAGGAAAACAGACGUGUUUGUAAUUCCCCGCCACCUGCCUGCGUUCGCAACCGAACCUGACACCUCGGCUUCACUCGAACUCGACAUACUGUUUUGUUUUCCCUCGAGCCCCACCGGAUUGGGUCAAUUCAGGAGGCGGGCCCGCCUCUUUCCUACUUGCUGGUUGGCGAAGCUGACCCCUGAGGGCGGUGCCCGGCCGCGGCCGGUGUGCUUCUGGGAUUGGCUGGAGAGGUAGUUCCGCUGAGGCGUGGUAGGAAGUGGUAACCGUCAAUCACGAGGGGGCGACUCCAAACACUGAGCCCUGAGCUGGAGAGCAGCGUUUACCGGCGGGGCGGCCGGUUUUGUGAAUGAAGAAAUGGCUACAGACUCCCCCAGAAGACCCAGUCGUUGUACUGGUGGAGUUGUGGUUCGCCCUCAGGCCGUCACGGAGCAGUCCUACAUGGAAAGUGUUGUGACUUUUCUGCAAGAUGUUGUGCCUCAGGCUUACAGUGGAACACCUCUAACAGAAGAAAAGGAGAAAAUAGUCUGGGUCAGAUUUGAAAAUGCAGAUUUAAAUGAUACAUCAAGGAAUCUGGAAUUUCAUGAAAUUCAUAGCACAGGGAAUGAGCCGCCUUUGCUGAUUAUGAUUGGCUACAGUGAUGGAAUGCAGGUCUGGAGCAUCCCUAUCAGUGGGGAAGCACAGGAGCUUUUUUCUGUUCGACAUGGCCCAAUUCGAGCGGCUAGAAUCUUGCCUGCUCCACAGUUUGGUGCUCAAAAGUGUGACAACUUUGCUGAAAAAAGGCCCCUCCUUGGUGUUUGUAAGAGCACUGGAUCUUCUGGCACAAGUCCACCUUACUGUUGUGUGGAUUUAUAUUCACUUCGUACUGGGGAGAUGGUCAAGUCCAUUCAGUUUAAAACGCCUAUCUAUGAUCUCCAUUGCAACAAAAGGAUCCUUGUUGUAGUAUUGCAGGAGAAAAUUGCUGCCUUUGAUAGCUGUACUUUCACGAAAAAAUUUUUUGUCACAAGCUGCUACCCUUGUCCUGGACCCAACAUGAAUCCUAUUGCUCUUGGGAGUCGCUGGCUUGCUUAUGCAGAAAACAAGUUGAUUCGAUGUCACCAGUCCCGUGGGGGAGCCUGUGGAGACAACAUUCAGUCUUACACUGCCACAGUCAUUAGUGCUGCUAAAACACUGAAAACUGGCUUGACAAUGGUUGGGAAAGUGGUGACCCAGCUGACGGGCACGCUCCCUUCAGGUGUGACGGAAGAUGAUGUUGCCAUCCAUAGUAACUCAAGGCGGAGUCCUCUGGUCCCAGGAAUCAUCACAGUAAUCGACACUGAAACAGUUGGAGAGGGCCAGGUGCUUGUGAGCGAGGAUUCGGACAGUGAUGGCAUCGUGGCCCAUUUCCCUGCUCAUGAAAAACCAGUGUGCUGUAUGGCUUUUAAUACAAGUGGAAUGCUUCUAGUCACAACAGAUACCCUUGGCCAUGACUUCCACGUCUUCCAAAUUUUGACUCAUCCUUGGUCCUCAUCACAAAGUGCUGUCCAUCAUUUAUAUACUCUUCACAGGGGAGAAACUGAAGCCAAAGUGCAAGACAUAUGCUUCAGCCAUGACUGUCGCUGGGUUGUGGUCAGUACACUCCGGGGCACUUCCCAUGUUUUCCCAAUCAACCCUUAUGGUGGCCAGCCUUGUGUUCGAACGCAUAUGUCACCACGAGUCGUGAAUCGUAUGAGCCGUUUCCAGAAGAGUGCUGGGCUGGAAGAGAUUGAACAGGAACUGACGUCUAAGCAAGGAGGUCGCUGUAGCCCUGUUCCAGGUCUAUCCAGCAGCCCCUCUGGAUCCCCUCUGCAUGCUUCAGUCGGCACCUUGUUUCUGCACCUGAAUUGCUUUCUGCUUAUUUCUUCAGGGAAGCUCAACAGCCAAGACUCCUACAAUAAUUUUGCCAACAACAACCCUGGCAACCCUCGACUCUCUCCUCUUCCCAGCCUGAUGGUGUUGAUGCCUCUCGCCCAAAUCAAGCAGCCAAUGACACUUGGUACCAUCACCAAACGAACAGGGCCUUAUCUGUUUGGAGCGGGGUGUUUUUCCAUAAAAGCUCCAUGCAAAGUUAAACCACCUCCACAAAUUUCACCAAGCAAAUCAAUGGGUGGAGAGUUUUGUGUGGCAGCAACGUUUGGGACAUCCCGAUCGUGGUUUGCAAAUAAUGCAGGUCUGAAAAGAGAAAAAGAUCAGUCCAAACAAGUUGUAGUUGAAUCCCUCUACAUUAUUAGCUGCUAUGGGACCUUAGUGGAGCACGUGAUGGAGCCACGACCACUAAGCACUGCCCCCAAGAUCAGUGAUGACACCCCACUGGAAAUGAUGACCUCUCCUCGAGCCAGCUGGACUCUGGUUAGAACUCCUCAAUGGAAUGAAUUGCAGCCACCAUUUAAUGCGAACCACCCUCUGCUCCUCGCUGCAGAUGCAGUACAGUAUUAUCAGUUCCUGCUUGCUGGCUUGGCCCCCCCUGGAAGUCCCGGGCCCAUUACUCGGCACGGGUCCUACGACAGUUUGGCUUCUGACCACAGUGGACAGGAAGAUGAGGAGUGGCUGUCUCAGGUAGAAAUUGUAACGCAUACCGGACCCCACAGACGUCUGUGGAUGGGUCCACAGUUCCAGUUCAAAACCAUCCACCCCUCAGGCCAAACCACAGUCAUAUCAUCCAGUUCAUCUGUGUUGCAGUCUCAUGGUCCAAGUGAUACUCCACAGCCCCUUUCAGAUUUUGAUACAGAUGAUCUUGACCUCAAUAGUCUCAGGAUCCAGCCAGUCCGCUCUGACCCAGUCAGCAUGCCAGGGUCAUCCCGUCCAGUGUCUGAUCGAAGGGGAAUUUCCACCGUGAUUGAUGCUGCCUCAGGUCAGAGCUUCAAGGAACUCUGUAAUCUUCCCACCAGCUUUCCUCUCUCCUGGAACUCACGGGUAAAAUUAGAUGCUGGCUGGACUUCAGUAGCUGAGUUUGAAAGCUUUCAGAGGCCCCAGUCAGACAACUUCAGCAGAUUGCUUUCUCACAGGACCAUUCUGAGAGAUGCUUUGUACAGACUAACAUAGUUUGGUAAACUGAUGAGCGUCUGACAAUUCUGCCAUAAGACACCAUUAAUAACAAUGCCCACAGGAGCAGGGGGAAGAAAAUUAUCUUUGUGUGGUUAAUCUCCUUGGAAACAGGAUAAGGCUUUCUCUUUCUUUUAUCAUGUGGUGCAUUUGCCUCUUGAUGUUGCUUUAAUAUAUGUAUACUGUUAAAGUUUAAAAACAACAACAACAAAAAAACCCCCUCUACUUGAGGAUUUAGAUACUCUCAAGUUGGAAUUCUUUGAGUAUACACAUUCUAAUUGACUCUAGGAGGUGAACAUGCUGAACAGGGUGUGGGAAGAAAUAAGAGAACGAGAGCACCCCCAAACCAGCAUCACACACAUUUAUCUAAUUGGAUACAUUUUUUGCCUGGAAGUAAUAUCAGGAGACUGAGGUGCCCCCGUUCAGAAUAUAAAGAACCAGAGGCUAAAACCAGACUGAAAAGGGCCAACCCAUUAGGGAAGUACCUCCCUGGGGAGCGGGUGGAUAGGGGAAGGAGGUUAGAUAGCAGUUAUUAAACCCGGAAUCAAAAAUAUGUUCAGAGAGGCUGCUGCAUGGGAAAAAAUCCUCCUUCCUGGACUUAGCUGGGCAGGAGACAGUGAAGGAGAAGGAGUCCUGCUUAUUCUCUGCUGCAGGAUGCUACCCCCUGACCCUUUAUAAGUCAGCCUUGCUUGAUUACUCCUUUUAAUUCAAGACUCAAAACAGCUUGUAAAGUGUUUUUUUUUGCUUUUUUUUUUUAUCAUUCCUUUCCAGAUUGUGUGGGCCACACUGUAGCAUGCGUUUUCCUUUGUCCACAUCUGUUUUCCAACCUCAUUACUCUUCUGUUAUUACAUUCAUUAAAAGAGAGAGAGCACGCUGUUUAUUUCUGUUUAUUUCUUUUCUGCCUGUUUUCCCCCCAGUUUCAAAAGCUAACAUGGUAAAAAUCAUGCAAUGUUUGAUGUGAUCAUCUCCACAGUUUCUGGAAUAUGAACCGAUGGUGGCUUAUGCAGGAAUUGGUUGAACCUUAUUUUGUAAAUAAGCUAUACCCAAGCCAAGGCUCACAAUUCAUGUAAGGCUAUUUCACUGUAGGCUGUGGUUGUCGAGGCUUGUCAUGUCUUUAUUAGAAUGUUACAUCAUAUGCUCUGAGGCACAUGGUAGUCACAUGACUCUUUUGGCUAAUGUGCCUCCUUUAAUUUGUAUACAGUUACUUAUACAAAUGGAAGCUGGGAGGCACAGCUUUAGAAUUUAUGGUGGUUUUACUCAGUGAAGAGAGAGCAAAGAGAAAUGAGACAAGGAUGCCCAUUAAUACCGUUUCUAUUCAGCAUUAUUUGGAAGUACUAGCCAAUGCAAUAAAGUAAGCACAGCAUUAAGAAAUGUAAGAUUUGGAAGUAAAGAGAGAUAACUGACCUUAUUUGCAGAUGAUAUGAUUUGCUACAUAGACAAUCCAGGAGAAUCAGCAAACUAUUAGAACUAAUAGAAGAGUUCAGCAAGGAUGCUGGAUACAGAAAUUGCUGGUAUUGCUACAGGCCAACAAUAACCAAUUAAAGAAAUGACCCUUUUUACAAAUGCAAA